CGACCCGAGAGAAAUGUGCAAAGUUUGAGAAGAAGAGUUGAGAUUGUGGAGGAGGAAAAAACAGAGAAGAAGAAAAGAAUGGCGAUGGAGGAUCUGAGCGAAGAAGAGAGGCGCGCCUUACGCGGCAGCAAGUUCGCGCCCCUGCCGCCCUCUCGCUCCCUCUCAAGGCUGCCUCACCCUGGUGGCCCUAUCAAGACCAACAAGGCUGCGGCUCUUGCCAAGUUUCUCCACAGAAAACUCCACCAAGACCCCCAUGGUUUCUCCUCCAUCGAUCCCAACAUUCUCGACCUCGCCGUUCGUAAUGCCAAAGCCACUCUUCUUUCCAGUGGCACUUCAACCAUUCGCCAUGUGGACACAUUUGAUGACCCUGAGGGCUCUUUCGACGAAGGGGGUGCCAUGAAUUCUGACCCUAAAAAGCAAAAGAAGAAAGACAAAAAGAAGAAGAAGAAGAAUAAUAAGAAUAAAAGGCAAAAGAUUGUGGAGGACUCCGAGUGUGGCAUUGCAAAAAGGCCCAAAGAAAAGAAGUUGAAAUUAUGAGCCCUUCACAAGAUUGGGAAUUGGGAUAAUAACUAGAAAAGGACAGAUUCUUGAGCCGUAAAGGGUUCCUGAUAUUUCGAUCAAGCAGAACUAUUAGAUUCUUGAUUUACGACCCUAUAACACUUGAUUGAAUUGAUUUCUGUUGUGCAAAAGUGUUGUAGUUUCUGCAUCUCAUUCUCAGAUUGCUACACAUUUUUGUUCUCAAAAUCUGAUGCCUUGAAUUCAAUUGUUGGCAAGAGAUGUCUUUUCCCUAUACCUA